AUGGACGCAAGUGAUGCGGACGCCCUUCGCGAACGAGUCCUGGAGCUUGAGACUCAGUUGCAAACCAGCAAGGCUUUGCUUCGACGCAUCGAGGGAUCAAAGCCCGAAUCUCAGGCCACUGGGGGCAGACCAUUUGCCGUCCAAAUAUCUCUUCCACUGAGCAGCGCAACUCACAAUCUGAUGCUCUUGUCAGACUCGGCAUUGCCGCUGGGAUCGUUCGCAUAUUCUAGCGGGCUGGAGUCUUUCCUCGCCCACCACAAGCCCAUCCCAUCCGGGCACUCGAGUCUUUCUCUGUUCCACAAGUUUCUGGCGUUAUCCAUUCAAUCUGUGGCGUACACCAACGUCCCAUACGCUCUCGCUGCCUUCCGGGACCCCUUGGACCUCAUGGACCUGGACAAUGAUCUGGAUGCCUCAACACCAUGCAAUGUGGCGCGAAGAGCCAGCAUCGCGCAGGGACGGGCCCUACUAGGUGUUUGGGAAAAGGCGUUUGCAGCCCCGGCCAGAACACAACGCGGAGAAGACUCUGAAGCUGCUGCUGCGAUCGAGGUUUUCGCCCGGGACCUGAAAUUGGGGGUACUGUCUUCGGAGCCCUUCCCGGUGAAUGGACAUCUCGCACCAUUAUGGGGCGUGGUUUGUCUCGCCCUUGGAUUGAAUCUAGAGGAAUCGGGUUAUUUGUUCCUGCUCAACCACGCAAAAGCUGUGCUGAGCGCAGCGGUCAGGGCGUCAGUCAUGGGGCCAUACAUGGCACAAACCAUCCUCGCGGGUCACGGGCUACAGGAUUUAAUUCGCCAUAGUCUAGAAAAGGUCUGGUUCCUACAACCUGAAGACGCCGGACAAGUUGUGCCGCCCAUGGAUUUGUGGGUGGGAAGGCACGAGAUGUUGUACAGCCGCAUCUUCAACUCAUGA